GUACUACCUCUUUGCCUUGGUGGUGAACCUGAGCCGGGACGCCUACGAGCUGCGGCUGCUGCUGGAGCGUGAGGCUGGUGGGAAAAGAGCCAAGGGCCAAGAGAAUGGCCACCAAUUUGGGGCCAGCAGUGGCCUCCAGCCCCUGGGGCUGAGGCUGCAGCUCCAGCUUCGCCUCCUGGCCCGAAUCCUUCGUCACAACCCCCCCCUGCUGCUGGACCUGGUGAAAAACCUCUGUGACCUUUUUAUCCCCCUGGACAAGCUGGGGUUGUACAAAACCAGCCCUGGUUUCGUGGGGCUCUGUGGUCUCACCUCCUCCAUCCUCUCCAUCAUCACCAUCCUUCAUCCCUGGCUCAAACUCAAGCCCUAG